GUGUGUGUGUUUUGCGCACACACGUACGUGUGCGCCGCCGCGAGUAAACAGGAGAAAAUAUUUGAAUAAUUUUCACUUUCACUCGGGUUGCGGCUCCCGCGACAAAAAGAGACCGCCGCUGUGGUGAUCCUCCCAUACUAGAGACCGUGUGCUGCGCACAUUUACUGACUGACCGCUUGAAGCGCUCAAGUGGUGGCAGCUGAUGGGCAGCCAGGACUACGGCGGCAAAAUUUUUGACCGUGCGAAACGUUCGGUUGCGGCUGGGGAGUACGAAAGCGGGGCCCAUUUUCGCGUUUAUUUUGAGUGAAAUAUGAAGUAUUCGCUAGUGGUGCGACGGCGGAGGUAUCGCGUUUGUAGCAAAAGUGCCCAUAGUUGUUCUUGUUUUACAGUCUCUGGCUGAGUCGGAUGAGAGUAGAAUGGUCAGGAUGAUUUAUCGAGCCUUCCAGUGGAUGUGUUAAUCAGUCUGAAUCUCAAAUUUAUCGCUUAUGAGAUGAAAGCAGAAGCAACAAGCUACAUUGCAAUAGUGUCGAAUCCUGUCAGUUAGUGUUGUGCUCGAAGUUGCUCGAAGAAUGUUAUAAUCAGGUGUAAUGCACACCAUACAGUGAAAGUUCUGAUUGUUAUGAUUUGUGUCUAAUUAAACCGCAGUAAUGCCGCUGUAUUCUGAGUUGUAUCACAACUUUAUCGGCAAUACGCCAGUCAUCCCGGUACCGAUCGUACCCUCGAUACCGUCCAGUUCGUACUUGCCGCCGAGUUAUACAGGCGUUUCGCGAGCCUUUGGAACUCCAAUAACGGCCACCAGGACGCCCUCUUUCUCCCGAGGUUACGUUCCAAAGUUAACCCCAAUCACAGAAACUCCCCUCACCGCCAGCCGGGUGACGGCUCUUACGCGCAUCAAUUCCACCAAGUACAUCCCAAGCCAUGCUUCACCAACCUAUCAGAAGGCCAGACGCGUCAUCAACACUGCAGACAUUGAUGUCUCCGCGAGUCGCUACGCCAUCCGAGAUCAUACACCUAUCCGCGAUCGCUACCCGUCAUCGUCCCCGUCCUCGUCGGUAUCGUCCGACAAUUCACCACUUUCCGCAGCCAACAUUAGUGUUCGCGAGCAAGAACUGAUUGAACGCAAUGAACAACGCAAGGCACGUUCCACUAUUAAUCGCAACAGGGCCGUGGUGCGUCUUAACACUAUCCGAGCUCGCAGUAAGUCACGCGGAAGCCGGGGCAGUACUGAACGUAAAUCUCCUCGCCGAACUGAAUCCCCCGACAGAACAUUUGAAGAUGAACCGCAGUCUAGACCCACCUCUUGGCGGGAUCAGUUCCGUGGAGAACUGUCUUUACAACCGAAAAAGACGGAGCCUAUCAAAAGUCCUGGCGAGCUUCUACUGGAGAAGCACUUGAUUCGGGAAGACGAGUGUACCCCUGUUCAAAUCGAUGAAACGGUCUACAAAUCUCCCGUUAUGAAACGACGAGCCACUGUACGGCGAAAGAGUGGCGUAAAAAUUCCCAGCUUCCAUGAAAUCUGCUCGGACAUAAACUCAGACAAACUGGAUGACGAUUUGAAUGCGGGCGAAUUACGCCGACGCGCUUCGCAGAUUAUAGAAGAUGAAAUCGCGCAGUUUCAAGAGGAGCUACACAAAGCCAAUGGGAUCAUGAAUGAUCAGCUGGAGGAGCGGCUUAAAACCGCUCUAGAGCAACAGAUCACCGAGGCUAGCGUUGAACCGGGUGAGAAGAAAAAACUGAAGAAAGUUCGUCGUGUCAGAAGCAAGCCCUUGCCGAAAAUUGAUAGUGAUAAUAAUGUGGUGCACGAUCAGCCGGAAUCUGGAGGGAUUACAACGAAGGCAGUAAUAGAAUCAAUAGAGGAAAGUUCAGUGUUUAAGCUACCCAAGAAAAAGAAAAAGAGCCCACCUGGAGAUUCAUCACCCGAGAGUGGUGAAAGACCGGUGAAAAAGAUGGUGAAAAAAGUGGUUGGUGAAAAUAAGUCUGAAACUUCGCCUAAGGAGGUUGAAGCGACGAUUGUUGAUGAACCAGCAGAAUCCAAGCAAGCCGGUAAAUCGUUGGUGCUUGGUGAAUUGGCUCAACGAAGAAAAGCCCAGGAGCUGGCGAAAAAAAUUGAGACACUAUCGAAAUUGUCCAGUAAAAAACUACCGGCGGAAUCGUUAGAGUCUGCGGGACAGGCUGAAAAGGCUAAACCUGAAGCUACUGAAACAACCAAGCUGCUUGAGCUGUCAGUUAAUGAAAAGCUGGAGCCAUUACAGGCGAAGCAAAGUGCUUCGAAGAAAGAUGAGAAAUGUGGUUCAAAGCCUACUGAGGUGAACAAAAGCAUAUCAGAACCGAUCAAACAAACCGAAGUUAAGGUCCUACAAAGUAAAGCUAAUGAGCCUCCGGGAGACGAAACACCAACAAAGUCUUUAAUAAAGGCAGUUGUAAAACCUAAGAAAGUGCAAGAAACAGUUCCGAAUCUAAAAGAAAAAAAUGCUGUGCUAAACGACGGAAAGACUGAUUUAAAAAUCGAAACUUUGCUAUCUGAUUUGACACAGAGCAAAGCUGCAGUAAUAAACACAACGAAGGUAACGGCUGAAGUUUUAGUGCCACCAGAAGAAAAAAAACUGUCACAACAAAAGACCAACAAAGAAGUCUCGUGCGAAACAAAAGAGCCGGUUCAGGCUGAUGAUGCGACCAAAAGAAUUCCCUUGAAAGUCAAACCAAAGUCGAUUCUGAAAACGAUAGCUACGGAAGAGGUGAAGGGCGUUGAACCAAAAGUGAGUGAGGAUUCUCAAAAACCUACACUCCUAGUUAAGCCACUGGCUGAUGAACCAAAAUCCAUUACAAAAUCUGUGGUGCCUGAUAUAAAAAGCGAGCCACUAAAAUUGUCUAUAUUAGAGAAAAAGAUUGAACUAGCAAAACCAACCGAACAAGUAUCAGCUCCUGUGGAAUCGAAAACAGUCGAUAAAGGCUUGAUUGCAGAUAAUAAAUCUAUUGCGACGGAAUCUGCUGUCAUGGAAAAAGUACCGAAAGAUCUUCAAUCGGAGAAGAAUCAGACCAAACUUUCACCGGAAUCAAAUAAAGUCGACGCAGAAUCUUCCCCACAAAAACAGCCGAGCCAUGUUGAAGCCACAGCUCCACACCACGAAACCAGCAAACCGGAGUCCCCAAAAUCCAAAAUUCCCGACCCUCCAAAACCACCCCCGAAACCAAUUGAACCGUCCCUCAAACCAAAACCCAUACUCAAACCAGCCCUUCGCAAGAAACCCGCUGAUCUGAAACUGCCUUCCCAGGACGAGGUAGACUUCUGGGGCAAUAUUGGGACGCGUGAAACGAUUUCGUUUGCUCGCAGAAAGCAGAACAUCGAACGCCGCAACCAUAUGAUACUGCUCAAGUUUAGCGAAACCGAGGAGGACAGCGAAAGUGCGCCGAUCGCUUCACCCAUAUCGAAAACAGUUACCACCAAGCAAAUGGUAUCACCACCGGCAGGGGAAACUCCGGCUGCUCGAAUGCCACAAUGGCCUAAACCAGCGGUAGAGGAGGAUGGUCCAUCUACUGCAAAGAUGGAGCUGCAAGCGCCGAAGGAAAUAUUGAACGAAGGAAUUCCGAAGAAAGCUUUCGAAGUUUCAUUGGUAAAAUUGGACCAAGAACCACCUGCAAGUCCGAAACUGAAGCUCAAUGCCACUGGUCUCAAGCAGAAGCUGGACUCACCGGUAGCAGUGUCAAAAACUAUUGAAUCUCAAAAAUCAGCAACAGAUCCGGGCCCAGUUACCAAGAAUGUAGUCGAUACAGAGCUUCCGACUAGUCCUAAAGAGAAGAAAUUAACAAACCAAUUGUUCGAGAAAAAUAAGCCUCUAACCAUCGAGCCAAAACCCAAAGAACCUGUGAAAAGUAUUGAAUCUCAAAAAGCAGCAGCAGAAAGCCCAGUUACCAAGAAUGUUGUCGGUGCAGAGCUUCCGACUAGUCCGAAGGAGAAAAGAAUACCAAACCAAUUAUUAGAGAAAAAUAAGCCUCUAACUAUCGAGCCAACGCCCAAAGAACCCGUGAAAACUGUUGAAUCUCAAAAACCAGCAGCACAUCCGAGUCCUAUUAACAAGAAUAUUUUCGAUACAGAUCCUCCGACUAGUCCUAAGGAGAAAAAAUUACAAAACCAAUUAUUAGAGAAAAAUAAGCCGCUAACUAUAGAGCCAACACCCAAAGAACCUGCGAAAACAGCUAUCGACAACGGUUUGGCAAAAGUUGCGGGAUCCACCGAACAAUCACCGAAACCAACUCGGAACAUAUUUGGCCUCAAGAAAGUGCAAAAAUCUGAGGAAGGUUCCAAUGAACUCCCUGUUGGUAUUAAAAAACUCUCGGCGACACCUACUUCAGAUCCAACGGCAGCGGAGCUGUCACUCCUCAAAAAUCCCGUGCAGACUGGUUUGCUAAAACCAUCGGAAAUUGCUGCCAAGCGGCUACUUAACCCACAGUUAUCCCCGAAGGAAAUGAUCAAAGCUGUCGCACCAAAUAUUGCAGCAGCUGCGGAGAAAAAACUUGCGCAAGCUUCACCACCCGAAACAGUUAAGGAUCUAAAACAAGAAAAAACACGCGAAGAAAAGCAGAAAACUCCGAAGCCAAGCACAACCGAACCCCCGACCACCGGCAAGCAGGAAAAGACAUCCGAAGGUAAGCAGGAAGCGGUGCAGAAAACUGCACCCGAACCGAUAGCGGUCAAUGAAUCCGCAAAAACGACUCCAACGGCCCCCGCACCCGCGGGUGGCGAGAAGAAGACGAAGGUAGUCAAGAAGGUGAUAAGAGUUGUUAAAUCAAAACCGAGCGCGCCAGAUGCAGCCGCCAAGGCCGAAGCGGAUCGGCUUGAAGCCGAACGCCGGAAAGCGCAGGAAAAUGUCGAAAAAAUGAAAGCCAAAGUAAACCAGAUAACAUUGAACAUGGGCGUUAAACUCGAGGUGGAAAUAAAAGAAUGCGCAAAGUGCCAACAGGCGACGCUAUCGGGCGAGCUUCCUGUAAGCGAACAGCAGCCGAACGGUAAGAAGAAACCCGCUGAUAAGGCAGCGCCAAAAGCCGACGGUGGCAAGCUAGCGAAGAAUAAAUUUGGCGUCACUACAAAUUUAAGUAAUCUAUUGACAGCGGCUGCAGGUGAUCGAUCAGUUAGUGAUCAAGUGUUGUCCAACCAAGUGACCGGUAAAAAAGCACCGGCAAAGGCUCGGUAUUCUUCCAGUAGCAGUGAGGAGGACGAACGCACCGCUUCAGAGACAUCCUUUUCUGGUGUUGAGGACGACUGGUCAUCGGACGAAGAGGAAGAAAUGGCCAACGAUAAGCCAGAGAAGAAGAAGUUUGAUCCGCAAAAACGGGUCAAACUCAACUUCGAGCAGAUGCGCAAGUGUUACUCCAAAGAGGAGAAAUCUCCGAUUGUGUUGGUGGCACGUCCUAGACCCUUGUGGAAGGUGAAACGACACGGACAUCGGCACAAUCGGAAGGCAGACCUAACCAGCAGCAGCAGUGGCAGUGAAGAUGAGUCCGGAUCGACCACGGAUCAGACCUCGUCGGAAGCCACUUCCACGGUUGAUGCUUCCUCGGACGUGAACACCGACAGCAGUGUGAACAGCAGUCGGGGCAAUAACAAGAAGAAACAAGUGAAAUCCACCAGCAAAACCAGUGAUGUGGGCAGUGAUAUCUAUGACAAUCCUAUGGUGAUUCCGUUGCACUCGGAACCGCCCAGCAGCAGCAGCAGUCACAGCAAGUGUCCCGCAAAGGAUGAAAAUAACAACGAACGUAGUCAAUCUCAGCAGGCGCCAAAUGAGGAUGACGAUGAGAACAACAAAAACGUUGGAAAUCACGAGAUCCGCAGCACCAGUACCAGCAGCCACGACUCUGGCUUCUAUGGUGGCGGAACGGCACCGAUUAGCCCUAAGAAGGCCAUGGAAACAUCCUACACGUAUGCACAAUUUCAGAAAACGGGUAAACUGACUGCUCCGGCCACGGUAAUACCCCGUUUUAGGAAAUACAACGUUGAUGAUUUCCAUUUUUUGACUGUGUUAGGAAAAGGUAGUUUUGGAAAGGUAUUUUUAGCUGAGCUAAGGAAUACAGAGUACUAUUACGCGGUGAAGUGCCUAAAAAAGGACGUCGUACUGGAGGAUGACGAUGUCGACUGUACACUGAUCGAGCGGAAAGUUUUAGCGCUGGGCACCAAACAUCCAUUUUUGUGCCACCUGUUUUGUACGUUUCAAACAGAUAGCCAUUUAUUUUUUGUCAUGGAGUACCUGAACGGAGGUGAUUUGAUGUUCCACAUCCAGCAAAGUGGUCGGUUCACGGAAGCACGGGCACGCUUCUACGCCGCGGAAAUUGUGUCCGGACUGAAGUUCCUGCACCGAAAGGGUAUUGUUUAUCGUGAUCUGAAGCUGGACAAUGUGCUGCUGGACUACGAUGGACACGUGCGAAUAGCGGACUUUGGUAUGUGUAAACUAGAGAUUUACUUGGACCGGCUGGCGGAUAGUUUUUGUGGUACACCGGAUUAUAUGGCGCCUGAAAUCAUUAAAGGUCAGAAGUACAAUCAAGCCGUCGACUGGUGGUCGUUCGGUGUGCUGGUAUACGAAAUGUUGGUAGGACAGUCACCCUUCAGUGGUUGUGACGAGGACGAACUGUUCUGGUCCAUUUGCAAUGAAAUUCCAUGGUUUCCGCACUUUCUGUCCAAGGAGGCACUCAAACUGUUGAAGUCGCUACUUGAAAAGGACGCCACGAUCCGGUUGGGGUGCCUUAACACAAUGGACGAGGAUAGCGACAUUAAGUAUCAUCAAUUUUUCGAGAGCAUUGACUGGCAGAAGCUGGAAAGAAGAGGACUGGAACCACCGUUCAAACCGCAAGUGCGACAUCCUCUGGACACGCAGUAUUUCGACAAGCAGUUCACACGCGAGCGGGCACGCCUAACGCCCAUCGACCGCAACAUUCUGGCCUCCAUGAACCAGGCCCAGUUCGAGGGUUUCACCUACACCAAUCCGAACAAUACGCUAACGAAAUUGCGGGAAAAACAACGUAAGAAAGAGAAGAAAAUGUAUUUUUGUCCUCAAUGUGGUGAUAUUAAAGUAACGUAUAAUAUAUUUUAAACGAGUAUACGGAAAUCAAAACACUAUUAGAUAUUUUUUGAGCUUAGAUUGUUUGCUGUUCAGUCUGCAGCGCUAAAGAAAGGAACUUAUUAAGUACAGAGUGGCAAUGUAUAAUUUAGCUGUGAACAAAAUAUAUAAAAAGAAAGGAAAAGCGUUUUUUGAUGGAUUUUUUUGCGAGGCAAAUUUAAUAAAAAUUGGACGUUGACUUUUGUAAAACCACAUUUUUGACAGCUGUAUGAACCAAUGUUGUGACUGACUAGACCUGGUGGUGUUGUCCCUUCCGCAGCACGUUAAUUAUUACAUAGCUGUUAUUUCCGUUCUAACAAAUUUACAUUUUUAAACCUUCUAUACUACUAUCUAUCACUACAGCAACACCCGAUUCCAUUCGAAACCUCACCAUACCGCAAAUAUAACGACCACACACUAAUCAAGCUAUGCUUUUGACAAUUUUUGACUCACCCAAAAAAAAACACAACACAACAGGACAGCGGAAGUCACCUACCACCCAAUACGCUGUCGCAUAGAACGUAACCCGAGAAGGUUCUACUUGUAGACUCCAAAAGCUACUACUACUAUUAUUAUUACUACUACUACUACUACUACAACUCGUACUACUAGGCCCGCUUGUGUUGUUAUUUUUUCCUCAAUCCGCGCUCCAAGCUCGCUGAAUAUCGGAAAUAGGUUAGGUCAAAUCAAUUUUUAUUUGCUACAUUUUGUAGGGAUGUAAUUGUUGGCAACAAUUGGACUUUUUGUAUGUUCAUAGCUGUAUACAUUUCGCUUGCGUGAAAUAAACUGAGAAAAGAAACGUUGAUAGCAGAAAACCAAUAAAACUCCUCUAGGUUUUACCUUGUAAAACAUUUUUCAAGUACUAGAAUUGUGCAACCAGUGAAUGUAUUAUAUUCGAGAGAAGGAAAGGAACGAAAAAAAAAAAUAC